GGAAAAAAGAGAAGCUAAAAAAAGGAAGGAAAGCGCCAUUGAUGGAAAACCAGAAGGUGGUGGUGGUCGUGGAGGAGGCCGCGGCGGCGCGCACGGCGCUCCAGUGGGCGGUGCGCAACUACGUCCGUGGCGGUGACUCCAUAACCUUGCUCUAUGUUUGCCCGGCGGCGCGCUCCAGGAAGAAGCAGAGGAAUCUAAGGCUGAGAGGCUUUCACCUUGCCCUCUCCUUCAAGGACUUGUGCAAUGGGAUCGCUGAGGCAAAAGUGGAGAUCAUUGUGACUGAAGGUGAGCAGGGGGCUUCUGUGUUGUCUCUGGUGAAUCAAAUUGGGGCUUCUACUCUUGUUGUAGGACUCCAUGAACAUAGCUUCCUCUACAGAGUGAAUGAGUUGAUUCUCAGUGAAAACAAUUUAAAAUGUCGAGUUCUUGCCAUCAAGCAACAUCCAAAGGCUCAUGAUGUUUUGAUAAACACAGAGUUUUCUCAAAUUGAAAUUAGAAGGCUUCACAAAAGGAAAUCUAGAAAUUGCUCAAUUCGCUUCUUACCUCUUUCUCUUGGAAUGAUAUGGAGGAGAACAAAGAGAAGAAAAAAGGAUGAUGAAACUUAUUGAUGAGGUGCUGCUUCUUAGGACUACUUUAAUGAGAGCUAUCAUCAUGUUUCAUAGGCAACACCUGAUAAUUAUACUAAUGGAAAAUGUAAACAAAAAAAAGGAGAAUACAAAGGAGGAUCACUUACUUAAAGAGAAGGUAAUUCAUAAGAAAAUGAAAAUGAAAAUGAAGUCCUGGGCUUGGAAAUUUGAAAAGUCAUCUUGAUAUGUCUCAUUUCAACUAUAUUUGUAAGCAGUUGUAUCUAAUUGUUAUCUGUAUGUACAGUGGUAUAUAAACCAGUUAAUUGAAUGAGAUUGAGAACAAAUUAUGUGUACCAUUAGGUAAAA